GACUCGCGGCAGGGAUGUGGUUCUCCCGACUCAGGGUGGUGUAAAAGCAAGGAAAUCAAAAUCGGAUGUACCCACCACCGCGCGUAGCCCAGAUAUACCGGUAUAUGCCCUACACAUACCGGUAUAUUCUGCAACAUGACCGGCGAGCCAUUGCGAGACAUGUCCGGACCAGAAAGGACCUGUGGGCACAAACAAUGCAGGCUGAAAGGACUUUCUGCGGCCGAGAUUGAAAUUGCGAGGCUUGAAAUUGCCACCAAUGCCACCGACAGCAGCAACGACACUGUGACGCUGAAGAAGGGCCAGCGACGACGAGAGAAUGCGAAGGGGGUGCUGUUGGGAGGUUGGCUUUGGUGCAAGGGGAAGGAUGGUGUCUGCGAGCAUGGGGGAUGGUUCCACCGACUCUGCUGCAUGAAACCAGAGACAAGGAAACCUUGUUGGUGGUGCAAUGACUGCCGACCCAGCAAGUACCACAAAAACAGGAUUUGGAAGGAGGUGGAGGGAGCGAUCGCUGCAGCGAGGGCAGCGGAGGAGACAAACAAGGAAGUGGGGGGAGAGGUCGCAUUGGGCACUGUAGGGCACCCUGUCCUCGGAGGUUGGGCAGCGAGACCGAGGAGGACCCGGGCUUUGUGCGAGCGAAGAAGAGGAAAACAACACCAGGGGCUCGGGAACUGCAGCGACGAGAAAAGUUCAACAAACUGGUGGACGACGAUCGAGCUGGAAGACCACCUUCAGUGUCGCAGAUUGGAGUUGUCGACAAGCAUGGGUACGAUCGCCCAGUGGUGCUGGUAUCCCCUCGCAUCUCACCCAUGCUCGAUGCCAAGGCACUUGCUUAUGGGGUUUCGCUCCCACGACGAGUACAGGAGUGGCUUGACAACAAAGAGACAGUAACCAUCGUCGCUCAGAUUCCGAAUCGUGUACGAGGCUGCUUCCAUCGAACUCCACCUGAUGCAGACUUGAAGCCUCCGACUCUACUUCUCACCACCGACUCGAUCAUCUAUGGCCUCGACAGCGACAAUAAGUUCAUCAUUCUUGCAUUGUAUAUGCCCAAUGCAUUCGGCGAGCGAGCAAUGAACGAAAUGACCAAGUGCUAUCAAGCCU